CGCUGUGUUCCUGAGAUGGUGCGAUCCGGCAGUCUGGUUUACCGGGACCCACCUUUGAGCUGAGCUUAGACCCCUAUUUUAACAAGUACGUAGGUACCUAACCUGACAAAAAUGUUUAUUAGGUAUAAAUUACAUUUUAAUUUUUUUAGCUUCGUUAAAUUUCCGAGUUUUAAGUCGUAGGAGCUUGACGUCUGUCUUUAUAUUAAAAAGUCAGCGUGCUGUUGUUUUGUUUUGUUUUCUAUUUGUUUGUCGUUCUCGGUGUCUUCCCGUUCUUAAAUUGCAUAGCAAUGGCGCCCAAUACCUCAACUCCUGGCGGUUUCGCCAGGCUGCUCACUAUUAUCGGUGUGUUAGUCGGCAUAUUCACCCCGAUUGUCUACCUCCUCGAACGCAACCUCGAGAACUUCUACAUCUUCAACCUAGACGAGCUGCAAGACGUAGCCUCGCGCGGCAUCCAGGCUCAUGGCAACGACACCGCCAAGAUCGUAGACUAUAUCGUCACCGAGCUAUACCAGAACCACCCGGAGCACGUCAACCCUAAGUGGAACGUCACCGAGGAAUGGAUGUUUAACAAUGCUGGCGGUGCCAUGGGUGCUAUGUACCUUAUCCACUCUAGCAUCACCGAGUACCUAAUUAUCUUUGGCACCGCGGCCGGCACGGAGGGCCACUCGGGACGACACACGGCGGACGACUACUUCCACAUCCUAACGGGCGAGCAGUGGGCAUUCGUACCCGGCAAGUUCGAGCGCGAAGUCUACCCAGCUGGCAGCGUGCACCACAUGCACCGCGGCGACGUCAAGCAAUACAAGAUGCCCGAGAGCUGCUUCGCGCUCGAGUACGCCCGUGGUUGGAUUCCGCCCAUGCUGUUCUUCGGCUUCGCCGACGGUGUGUUUAGUACCCUGGACAUACCGACUCUGUACCGCACCGUAGUCAUUACCGGCCGGGAAACGAUUAAGAACCUCUUGAUUGGAAAGAUCUAGAUGGGGGCAUGUCCGGCCAAUCCGGAUUUUGAUACGAGUUAUUCUAGAGUUGUACGGAGAGCUUUCUUUCCGCGAGCCUGCUAUUUAGACUACUAUAGAAAGCUAGAAAGCGAUAUAUUCUAAGAAUGUAUCGCGUCCUAUAAUGAUAAUAUAACUCUACCCCCCUUAA